AUGGCAGGGCAUGGCUGUCUGGGGCUGUUCUGCUGGGUCCUGCUUGCUGUUCCCGUGGGCCCCCAGCUUGCCUCCUCCGUCCCAGGUGCCCCUCUCACCACUUUGACUCCACCACCCCAGAGUGAGACCUCUAUGCUGUCUCUCAACCUGGGACUUAACUUCAAAUUGCACCUUCGUGGACCUGCCGCUGCCUGGGGGAACCCUGUCACAGAAACCCAGGUCUCUCCUGGGUCUAGUCAGGAGCCAGAGGAAGAGGUGGCCAGUGGACUAAGGACUGACCCCCUUUGGGAGCGGCUGGUGGGUUCCUUUGGCAACUCCCCUCCAGAAUGGGGCUCUGCUGAAGGCAGCUCUACCCCCUGGGCCUCCUCCCUGCCUCUCCAGUCCACAGCCCCCCUCUCUGCACCCACUGACCAGCCCACUGCUCCCAAUCAGCAAGGGAUGAGCACUGUGACCUGGGACACUGCUCUGAUGGCUACAGCACCCCCAUCCAGUGCUCCUAGGCCCCCCCAAAGUGAGCUGGAGCUGAAGUUUGAUGUUGCACUAAGAGCAGGCGCAGCCCCCACGCUUGGGCACCGAACACUUCCUCUGCUGCCCAGCCUGCGGGCCAGCCUGGCAGAGAUUGCUGGGCGCCUGGGACCCUUUGGGUUCUUUGGCACUACUCUGUCCCCACUGCGGAACUUCUCAGGCCUGAGCCCCUCAGGCCCAACCACAUCGCUAGCCCCAAGCUCUGCCUCUGGAAUUUCUGAUGCUCCCGGGUUCUUUGAUACCACUCUGUCCCAGUCCCCAGCCCCUCUGGAGAGAAAGCUCCCAAGUCCAAGCCCACCGGACCCAUCUGCUUCCCUAAGCCCUGUCUCACCUGUAACAGCACCACAAGAUCCCGCCCUCCCCACUUCUGGCCUCGCUGACCCCUCUCCUGCCAGCCUCGGGAACCCUUCAGUGCCAGAGUGUGGGCCAGCGUCCUGCAGCAUUGGAGAAAUGCCAGGACAGGAUGCGCAGCCGCCUGCAGCCCCGCUGCCUCUCUUCUUCCUGACCCUGGAGGCCGACUGGGCAGAAGCCAGGGCUCGCUGGGGGCUGGCUUGGGAAGCUCACGUGUACGGGGUGGGCGCGCUGUUCGGCCUGGUGGCCCUGCUGGCCCUGCUGGCUCUGGCCCUGCUGCCCUGGCGCUGCCCGCCCGGCGCCCCCUGCCUGGCGCUGCUGGACCUGCUCCUGCUCUCGGCUGGGACCACGCGCGCCUUCCCGCUCUUCUACGACGCCUACGGACACGGAGACCGGCUGCCCACGCUCGCCUGGCUGCUGCUGCAGGACCUCCCGCUGCCCUGCCUGGCCGCCGGCCUGGGGCUGGCCUGCCUGCUGCUGGCCCGGCCUCGCCCCCCGCGGUGUCCCGCCGGCCUGGCCGCGCUCUUGCUCCUGGGCCUGGGGCUGGCGGCCGCCGCGGCUCUGGGGAGCGCCGUCCACCGCCCGCUGCGGCCCCUGCGGCUCGCCUCCCGCGGGCUGCACGCCUUCCUCGCCGCCCUCCUUUCCGGGCUCCUGCUGGUGCUCUCUUGCUUGGGGGGUCGGCGACGGCGAGCAGGGGCGCCUCUGGGAGGGUCUGGCUUCAAGGGGGCCACCCCUCUCCCGCAGGCGCGCAGCCCUUUCGCCCCGCGGGAGUCCUGGCGGCGCGCGGCGCGCACGGCCCCGGUGGCGGGCACCUUCGGGCUGCUGAGCGGGGCCCUGCAGGGCUAUGAGGUGCUGCACGCCCUCGGUUACGGCGGCCAGCCUGGCCUGGAGGGGCCCUGGCCCUGGUGGGCCUUCCAGCUGGGCCUGCGCCUGGGCGAGGUGGGCGUCGCGCUCCCUUUGGCGCUGCUGGGCCUCUAUCCUGCGCUCUGCAGCCCCCGCGUCCCGCCCCGCUGCUGGGCCAAGCUCUUCCGUUUUUCCCCUGGACACGCAGCCCCACUGCUGCCCGGAGGUUGGGUCCCCGGGCCCCGGGCCAAGGAACCUCUGGGUAGCGCCAUCGCGCGUGGGGACACGGAGCUGCUGCAGCUGUGCGCCCUGGCCGGGCCGGGCCCUGACCUCCUGCUUCAGGGAGGGGCCUGUCGGGGCUUGGAUGGUGAGGCUGCCAACCUGGCCCCUUCUCCGGCCUCCUCCCCCUGCAGCGAUGACACCGUGGACUUCCGCCCCCCCUCCCCAAUCAACCUGCGGCGCAGCAUCGAGGAAGCCCUUUGCAGCGAGGCUCUGCUGCCCGGCCUUUUCCAGGGUCCUGCCUUUGGGGAAGCCCUGCCUGGCCUCGGUCUCUACCGCACAGCCUCGCUGGGGGCCAAGGAGGCCAGCCCGAGUGGGAGGUCCGAGGAGGUGCCUGGUUCCUCCGCACUCCCUGAGCUUCCCUCUCCCGAGGCCUGGCCCGCGGGCAGCAGCGCUUCCUCUGGCUCGCUGUGCGGACUCUCCAGGGACAGCUCGUCCAUGCUGCUGUGUUCCAGCCCAGACAGGCCUCCGCGCUGUCCCCUGGUCUGUGUCCUCAGCCCCCCUCGGCCCUCAGGAAGCAGCCCUAGCCUCCCGGCCUCUGGAUCCUACCAGGCCCUGUCCCCACCCUCUCACGACUCCCCAGAGCCUGUUCCUGAGCUGCAGGCCGAAGAGGCCUUGCUGCAGGAGCAAUUCUUGGACGCCUGCCGACAGAUAGAUGAGCUGAGCAUGGGCAGCGACACCAUAGACCUGUGAAGAGGUGGCCCUCUCUCGCUGCCCCGGCCACACACGUCCCUUCAGGCGCCUGCUCUGCCCGAGAC